GCGCACACACAAGGUUUAAGAACCGGCAAGUCAUGGUACAAAUACAAAAUAUAUUCGACAAUCUUUAAUGGAACGUGUUCAAAGACGAUGUUUUGAACAUGGUUUGCUACAUGUUCGACUUUAUUAUAAAUUAGUGUUCCCUUCAGUACGCUAAUGCGUGUUUUCUCCAAACAACUAUACUGUAUGUCAAGUAAAAUGGUUAAAUCAACAAAAACGUACCCGAUACAACUACGGAGGAUACAACAAUUCGAACAAAACGACAACUGGUCCUAAAAAAGAAAAGUUAUUAUAGUUGCAAACCACCAGAUGAGUUCCUAGCAAAAAUCUCCCAGAAAAAUUGGCUAUAAUAUACAGAGGAAAGGGAAUGACAGCAGUCAAAGAAGCUCAUGUGCGGAGAGCUUUGGAAAGCAAUAAUGGGAACAAGCGCAGUGUGACGUCCGCGGCUCUUGCCAAAGCUCUGAGUGACAUUGGCGUCAAUGAGGAAACGAUUCAAUUGAGAAGGACAACUUGGCUUUAUAAUGAGGCUGUGGAAACCAUCUAUUCACAGUUGCAGUGUCAUUACGAUACAUAUUAUUUUGGAAGCCAAUCCGAAGGUUCUACUACAGAAGGUAUGGACUCAGACUAUGAUUGUCUUGGGUGCCAAAGAAUAUUUCCGGUGAUUCAGAAUAUUGUGGACAGGCAGUGUGAGCUAGCGCAGCUAUUUUUGGUAACGGACAAGUCAACCCCGCCUCAGUGUUGCUGUCUGCAAUUACUCCUCCCUUAUUUUUCUAAUUUUUUGCCGGGACAUUCGUUUCGAUUUUUUCAUUUUGAUGCUCUAAGGCGGAAAUUCCUGAAAAGCAAUUUGCUGAAUUUUUUUAUUGCAGAGUACUCAAACAAAAAGGGUUGCAUAACCCAACACGGUCCUGCGCUUACCGUCGACAAUUUUGAUUCAUUCGGCGGUUCCUCAGAUACGGUCCACGCUUUUCACUGUGCAAAACUGCCUGAAAAUUGUCAAUAUAUUUUCAAAAGGCCAAAGCCCGGGCAUUGGCCUGGACCAGAAUUGGUGACACAACUAAAGGAUAGCGGGGUAUUUCUUGUUCCGAAUUCUCCUGUUCAGAACACAACAAACUGGGACCCUCAACAACGCCUAGGAACAUUAACAGUACGAACAUUCGAUAACUCACAUGAACUUUAUUGGAGGUUAUCUACCAAUUUGAUGGAGAGGCUUUUGAUGUUCGACAUCACAAUGACGCAAAUGAAAGUGUACGUAAUCAUGAAAAUAAUCAGAAAAGAGUUUUUCAAGCCGCUCGUGGGCGACCGUUUAAGCACGUUUCACUUGAAAACCACGUUCCUGUAUUGCGUGGAAAUGUCACCUCCAGGCAUCUGGAAAGAUGAAAAUCUUAUCCAAUGUUUAAAAUAUUGUUUGACAACAUUAAGGAGGUGGUUAAAGAUGCGAUAUUGCCCUCACUAUACGACGGUAAAUGUGAAUUUAUUUGCAGGUAAACUUCAAUGGAACGAGUUUCCGGUUUUGAUAGAUUUGUUAAAGGAUAUGAUCCUUAAUGAUGUGUCUUGUUUGUAUAAUGUUAAAAUGGACGACCUUGGUAACCGCAUAUCAUCGAAUUCCACAGAAAGUACAAAUGGGCUUGCUUUCGAAGAACUUAAUUUCGUUGUUGCCAGUAAGAUGUUUUAUGGUAUGAUAUAUAAAUCGAUAUGUUAUGACGAAAUUACAAUGCUUACAGAAGAAGAAACAUCAAAAGUAAUAAAUGACCAUGCCCAGUACAUUCAAAAGUUAGAGACCAUUUAUGAAACCAGCACGGUACACAUGCGUUCAGCAGUCUCUAUUAAAUUACCAUUCCAAUAUUCCAUUCAUGCUGCAAUGAAAGCAUCGCUGUGUAUCGGUAACAAUCAAAGCUUACCGCAGGAGAUUUUCACUUUGUGUGAUAAGUCUCUGAUGUCCGACGUUACAUCGAGUCGCCUUAAGUUGGCGUCGAUAUAUUUCUCAGCACGGCGUUUUGAAGAGGCUGCUGCAAUUCUUAAGCAAGUAGACGCGCUCAUUUCUGACAAAGUAAUACAUGUUAGCCCUUUCAUUGGUAACAACAGAAAAUUUGGUGCAGAGAUGAUUGGACGCCGGAAAGAGUUCUCAGACAUCCUUCAAAAAGAUAUUGCUGUUUGUACGAUUUUUAGCAGAAACGAAAUCAAUUGUGUUCCUGGGCAGCUUGUCGCUGAGUUCUACAGAACGGUAACGGUGGAGAAUGAAGGUUGGCGUCGAGAUCGUCGAUUUGGCCCAUUUUCCUGGAUGGAGUGGAUGGACCUUGCAGUGGUUGAUUCAUUGCCAUAUAUGUAUUACCUACAGUUUUUAAUAUUUCGAAGUACUGGAUUAAUCAGCGACAAAGACAUUGCGUUUAAGAAUCUCUUCGCGAUUUGCAAAGACAGAGCAUUUAUUGAAUGUCAUAUCGAAACCACAUUAAAUCUGAUAGGACAUUGUUAUGAGCUGGAAGGCAAGUUGAAAUGUGCUUGGCGUUCCUAUAAGCUUUCAGUGAAACUUAGACCGCAGAAUAACGCCGCUUACUGGCACAUGUUUAGGAUGAUUGGAGGGCUCUUUUAUGGGGUUAAAAUGUUAUCUUGAUUGCAAAGAUCUUAGAUUCUGGUACUCAGGGUGCAAAUAUGCAUGACAACGGGAGAAAACUCGAAUAUACUGUGUAAGAUUUACAAGAAUGGCUCAUCGCAGUUGUUAUCAUUAUAUUAUUUGUGUUGUGGUUGUGUAUGUUCUGUCCUGCAUUGUGUUGAAAACUUAUUUAAUCGCUAAGAAAAUUCAUAUUUGAGGAGAAUGUUGAAUGUUGAUGAGAAAUUUAUAUUUGUGAUGUCUUUUUAUUGUCAAUCUUCAGUUUGACUCAUGCAUGCAGCGUGGAUGCAUUUGAACAUAUUUCCUUUUCAUAUCAACCAUGUUUUCGUAUUUCAAUUUCAGAAGUAUUUAGCGGAAGAGUUUAUACUUUAAAUUACGUAGAACUUGUUUACAACCAUUCUUAUGAAUAUUUAUUUAUAUUUUUCUGUACAGUACUCACCUUUUAGAUCAUUCAUUUUAGAUAUUUUAGGCUUAAGUGUCUUACUAAUAUUAUAUAACAGGUGAGUCAAGACUUUCUGUUAAGAAAAAGCUUGCAAUAAGAAUUUGUAUAGAUUCGUCAUCUUUCAAAAAGGUUUCAUAAUACAGACAAUGCACAAGUUUCAUAAAAUUGGUAGUAGAGACAUUUAUACUGGUGUGAUCAGUACUUAAAGGUUUUUGAACUGUAAAACGGCAUGUAUUUUUGAUAUUUCUUUGCUCAUUUCCGACUGUCUUGGUAUUCUGAAUCCAAAAUCAAAGCAAAAAAAAUACUCAUCUUCAGCCGACUUUCAUCUAAUCACCGGGAUAUAAGUUGUCCGGUCACAUUCGGUGCAGUAGGAAGCCAUUAAAUGUUGGCUUAUGUCCCUAACAGGUUCCCAUCUAUUGUCCUAGGUGUAUUAUUUUUAUUUUUCUUUAUUAUUGUUAUUAUUUUUAUUAUGUAUUGUUAUUAUAAUUUAACCACAGCUACUUAACAUACAAUGUAUACACCAUUUUUGGAACUUAAAAGUUAAACAUGGUAAUUGUUUGUGUUCCCAUCAAUAAUAAUAAUUUAAAACUCAUUUCAUUUCAAUACAAAAGACGAAACAAUCGUGCAAUGUAAUAGAAUAUGCCAUCAUCAGCAUCCUUGCCAUUAACGUUUUCAAAGAAAUCAUCAAAAUAGUAAUCAUAAUUUUAAUAAUUCCUUAAUUAUCUUCAGCAUGCUAAUAAUUCUCAAUAUUACUGGUAGAAUCAGCAGCUGCAACAGUAUCUCAAAACGACUUAUUUCCUAAUAUAUAAUGUUGAAAAACAAGAAUAAUUAAAUUCACGUUUAUGUAAUGACACAAUUAUUUUCAUAGAUAAGAACAGAAUAAUAUUUAAUUUCGACUUUAGCAGAUACAGCUCAUUGUCAUCAACAUAUAUGCAUGUAUAAUAUAUAUAUAUACAUUAGCAGCAUGCGGUUAACGUCAGUACAAAUCAUACAUCAUUUCAGAGAAUGACGAAUCAUAGGUGCGAUGUUGUUGCGUAUCCAAAUUCAAACUGGAUCAAAGUAUUGAGCACAACAGAAAGAGUAUGUUCUUGUUGAUGUUGACAGAAUGAUUGACAUGUUAUUAAAUAAAUAGUUAAUAUAACUAUUAUGUGCUGUGGUGGAUCUGGGGUGCGGAUUAUAGUAACAGAAGAUAUGUUGGUGAAAGACCGGCGAAAUGAACUUUUAAGUUAACGUUUCACAAAGGCGUCUUUAAUUUGCGUAUUUCUACAUAACAAUACAGAAGUAUAUAUGCUCGAACAUAAAAACUGUAUAUACAUGUGUAUAUAAGUUUCAUCUUAUCUAAACGUUCACACAUUAUUUGGUGCAUUGUAUUACUGUAAAAUGUUAUGAAAAUGUUUGGUUAUUAAGUCUGAAACGGAAUAGAAUAUAUUAGUAUACUAUUGGUACAUGCAAUAUUUUUUACAGGGUAGUCAAUAUAUUCAGACAAAUUAAACUUAAUAGUUAAAUUUAAGCUAUAUUUUCAAUUUUCAGACAAAUAGAUAAUAACGAUUGUUUUUUUCUUUGCUAGAAAUAUGGGAAAACAAUUAUCUCUAUAACUUAUGGGUAUCAUAUCAAAUUGGUGAAUUAACAUACAUAUAAAUGCAUUAAUAAAGGUGCAAGAUACAAUUUUCAUAUCUUUACAAUUGAUGUAUCAUCAAUUAUUAUUAAAAUUCUUAAAAAUCUUUAUUUUCCGUUGUUGAACGUAUAGAGAAAAUUGAUUUAUACUUAUCAAUUUACUGAAAAGACAAUCACAAAAAAAA